GCACGCAACAGCAAAACGGACCAACAGAAACAGGAAGAAACGAAAAAAAAAAGCCCCACCACCUCACACAGGGCCCGGACGCCGAUAAAAGGGCCGUCGGAAGUGCCGCAAUUUACCGUCGACGCCCGAUGCGCUGAGCGUCCAGGGGUCCAGGCGGGCAGGUUUGUGGGUGUGACGAAGCCGGGGCUUUUGCCUUGCCUUGCCUUGCUUCGCUCGCUUCUCGGCAUUGGCGUCCAUGUGUUGUUGCAGGCGACUCGGCGCAUGCGCAACCGGCAAACAAACCUCUCCCUUGAUAACCUCAAUCAUGACCCCUCAAUAACCUCCCAAACUACCCAACAAGAAAGCCAUGUCCACGCCGACGCUGCUCCGGGUCCUCUUGCGGCGCCAUGCGCCCCGUCUGCGCACUCGUGUCUCCCAGAACCACCAGCGCCGUGCCAACUCCGAUGCACCCAAGCCGAAGCGAGCAGAGGACCCCAUCCCCGUGCCCAACACCGUCUCGACCAUCCCCUUAUGGCAGCGACUCGGGCCUCUAACGCGUGCCGUCGAGGGUUAUGCCCGCAGCCAGCGGAAACGACCCUUGACCACUCAGUUCAUCACUUCCCUCGCCAUCUACUUCUGCGCCGACCUUUCGGCCCAGCACAUGAGCGGCAAGGACUACAAUCCCGAGCGGACGAUGCGCUCGCUCAUCAUCGGUGCCAUCUCGUCCAUUCCCAGUUAUAAGUGGUUUAUCUUCCUCUCGCAAAACUUCAACUACGCCUCGCGCCUCCUCUCGCUCGGUACAAAGGUCGUCGUGAACCAGAUGUGCUUUACCCCCAUAUUCAACUCGUACUUCUUCGGCAUGCAGGCAUUCCUGGCCGGCGACAACUUCGACCAGAUCAUUGAACGCAUCCGCCGGACGGUUCCUGUGAGCAUCGUCAACUCGUGGAAGCUGUGGCCCGCCGUGACGGCCUUCAGCUUCUCCUUCAUUCCCAUGGAGUACCGCAGCGCCUUUUCGGGCGUCAUCGCUGUGGGUUGGCAGACGUAUUUGAGCUUCUUAAACAGACAAGCCGAGGCCAUUGAGGAGGCUGAAAAAGUACGGGAGAGAACUCAUGCUGUGCAGCCCAUCGCUACCCGUGAGAGGCCGGCCAAGAUGGAGGCGUAAGGGGAAAGGAAAGAAAGUUGUAACAAGGACCUACUAUAGACAUUCGUUGCAGGGUUGUGUUUUUUUUUUUUUGUAAUGCAUCAGGACGGCGUUGGAUUUAGAGGGAGGAUAACCAGCCAUGGAGGACGUCAUGAUCUGGUACGAUUUUAUCCUAGGAAGACUUACUUUAGACGUGAUACCGUGCCAAUACACACUGUAGCCGCAC